AGAAGCACCUCCGCUGUCCGCGAAGAACCGCUCUAGUCCUUGUACCCGCCCGCCCGCCCGCACCCACCAUGGCCACCAUUCAGCAGCUGGCAGGAAGAUGGCGUCUGGUGGACAGCAAAGGCUUUGAAGACUACAUGAAAGAGCUAGGAGUGGGAGUAGCUAUGCGAAAACUGGGUGCAGUGGCUAAGCCCGAUUGUGUCAUCACUUGUGAUGGCAACCACCUCACCGUUAAAACCGAGAGCACUCUGAAGACAACACAGUUUGCUUGUAACCUGGGAGAGAAGUUUGAAGAAACUACAGCUGAUGGCCGAAAAACUCAGACGGUCUGCAACUUUACAGAUGGCGAAUUGGUUCAGCACCAGGAGUGGGAUGGGAAGGAAAGCACAAUAACCAGAAAAUUGAAAGAUGGGAAGUUAGUCGUGGAGUGUGUCAUGAACAAUAUCACCUGUACUCGGGUCUAUGAAAAAGUUGAAUAAAUAUUCCAUCAUCACUUUGGACAGGAAUUAGCUUUGAGAAUGAAUAAGCUCAGUUCAAUGAGCUAAUCUCCAGACUUUUUUUCAUUACUUUGGUCACUUACCUUUAUCACAUCUAUUUCAGAGUGUUGUUUUAACCAAGAUCAUCUCUUUGUUAGUAAAUAAAUAAAUGUGUUUAUGCUAAUAA